UUCUUCGACUGCGUUCACUACUACUUCCCAAUCCUCUAACUGUAGCCGGUCGCUGGAAGCAAGUGUUUGCACUCGAGUGCGGUAUUGGCCGAAAACCUGACUAGGCAUGCUUUUGCGAAAACAUGGUGAUGGCCAGUCCAAACGGGGCAAUGAUGAUGUUUCCAUUGAUUCACGAUCCAUCGUUGCCUCGUGUUUCAACACCGAUGUUCGGUGAUGAAAGGCAGCACAGUAGGCAGCUGAAGGGGAUGCCCACAGUGUACGGCGUGCGCAAAGCAUGACGAGCGGGUUCAGGACAUUUGGGAGAAGGCCUCGAAGUCCGAACAUCAAGCAAGCGCCAGGACCCACACGGUGGACGGCACCUGCCCUAGUUUUGUAAAGACCCCUGCUAAGCGCUGUGAAGGGUCAGCUGGGCCGCCGACGAGGUUUGGAAACAACCGAAAAGACGUCUCCGCCGAUCUGCCGUUUACGCACCACUCCCUCGAGGCCGCCUCCCCACGGCCCUCCUGCUCUGCGAGAGAGAGGGGGAAAGGGAGAUUUGCAUAAAGAUGGCGGACUGGACGUUAUCGGGCAUUUUGGGAACGGGUCCUCUCAUGCAUGCGUGCAUGUCGAGGUAGCAUCAAGGCGGACUGCUGGUUCUCGUGUAGAGAGAUGGGAACCCAAGGCUUGGCUGCGUGAGAUGCACAGUAUCACGGAUCGGAUGUAUCCGACGAGGCCCCAGUUGAAGUCUAUAGUACGACCAUCGCUGGGUUUCAAGCGGUCGGGAGGGGGCCGAGAAAGUAAACAC